UAUCUAUCGAGUUGGCAGCGCCGCUUAUUGUGAGCCUGCGCCGCGUAAAACAAAACAGGCAAAAACACAAGAGACAAACCAGAAGACAACGUAGAAAGAGAAAGGCUCACACUUGUGAUAAACAAAUUGAUUUGCUAAAUUGUUAAGACGAUUUGAUUGAACUCUUGCCCUCUCAACUAUCCGAAACAACGACAUCAAACUGACGUCGCAGAUUAUACUGGAAGAAAAUAGCGAGAAGAAAGCUAAGCAGCUGAAGAAGAAGAAUUUUAGAGCUGCUUUAAAGCGAAAAAUGCAACGGUACUAUGCAGAACGAGAGACAACGGGGCCGGAGUUUGACGAUCGCCUGAUAAAAAUGGUACGGGCCAACCCGGCCAUCUAUGAUGUUAGUCAUCCGCAUUAUCGCCGUAAUCCGGUGAGAGUUGACAUCUGGGAUCGCAUUGCCACCGAACUGGGAGCCUCCUCACGUUUCUUGCAAACAAAAUGGAAAAACAUACGCUACAAUUAUCUACAAGAGAUCAAAGCCUUGGAAACGGGUCAAGUUAAUCCAAAUGUCCGCAAGCGACGCUUCACCGAAGAUCUAUCCUUUCUACAGAACACAGCCCAGACAUACAAUGUGAAGAAGGCCCAAGCUUACAUAGCACAAAACAAGGGUAUAAGCGGAAGUGGAGGAGGAGGAGGAGGCAGUGGUGGUUGUGUGGGCAUUGGCGGCGAUGGAAGUGAUAAUGAUAAUGAUAUCGAUAGUCAUAGCUAUGUGUAUCCCGAUCCGGAUCAUUUACGGAUCGAUUCGGACAACUAUGAUGUCAUUGUGCUGGACAAUAGCGAGGAUGGCUCACAGAGUGAUAGAGAACGAGAUGCUGAUUGCGAUAUCGAUGAUGAUAAUGAAUUAUUGCCCGAAUUACAACUACUCCAUGAAGCUGCCGACGACGAACUGAAGCCGGAUGUCACAAUUAGAGCGACCACUAACAACAACAAUCAUGAACAUGAUGUGUCUAUUAAUGGCAAUGGAAGUAACAGCAGCAGUAGAUAUCAACAAGAUAGAAACUCAUCGCCGGCGUCAUCCCCACUGCUAACCCCCAUGGUGGUCAUGGGCAAUGGCAGCAGUCACAUGAAAUUAGAGGAAGAGCAGCAGCAGCAACAACAACAACAACACAAACAUCAACACCAGGAUGAUAUCAAACCUAAUGCCCUUUCAAAUGGAGAAAUCACAAUUGAACCCAUCUAUAAACCAAAAGUCACAAGACGAGCGGCCACAAUGUGCAGCUCAGAAAUAAUGUCGAGUAAUGCAAGUAAACGCAAAGCUAUGCCGGCUCCAUUCUCCUCCAUAACACCCAUCAGUGAUCCCAUUGAGCUCUAUUGCCUGUCAUUGGUGGACACAUUGCGUAGUAUGCCCCGGUCAGAGCGGGAACGAGUGAAAUUUGAAUUCGCCAACAUACUAAAGGAUGCCAAGUAUAGGGAUGAGUCAUAAAACCGCAAGCUCAAGCGGCAUCCACUCCACUAGUCGGUCCCAAAACGAUCUCCUUUAGUCUCGUACUAUCUUAAUACGUACAAUAUUUAUGUUUUUUCUAUUUUUUUUCAACAUUUUUUUAAUAUACAAUUUUUCUACUAUUUAAGAUGUGUUUGCUAGGUUGAUGCUCAUUAAGUUCAUCUGUAUUUAGUAAUUUUCACCAUACCCUUGCAGAGGGUAGCAUUUUACAAAUAAUUAAUUAAGCAGCCAACGAAAUGGAAUAAAUUGUAUUAAAUUUAAACAUAAAAGACAUUUUCGAAAUGCUGAAA